CAGCUGGGGCUGGGGACCUCGGCCGGGCUGCUUGACUGCAGGGGCUCCUAUAGGGCUCCCCGGACCUGGGCACCGAGAUAGCCCGCGGCUCCGGCCUGCGGCGGCCGAUAAGUUUGCCGGAGGGAGCCUAGUCACCGGCCGCAAACUGAGCCCCGUGAGCUCUGCUCCUAUCUGGGAGCGUCCCCGCCAUCCCAGGGGAUUUCCGGCCCCAGGAAAGGGCUGUUGGUGAUUUCUGCCUGACUACUUCUCUCCUGCAGCCCUAAGGAGGCCCGCCGGACUUUUGACGAGUUGCCAUGGCUUCCUACUACGAGAUCCUAGAAGUGCCGCGAAGUGCGUCUGCUGAUGACAUCAAGAAGGCGUACCGGCGGAAGGCUCUACAGUGGCACCCAGACAAGAACCCGGAUAAUAAAGAGUUUGCUGAGAAGAAGUUUAAGGAGGUGGCCGAGGCAUAUGAAGUGCUGUCCGACAAGCAUAAGCGAGAGAUCUAUGACCGCUAUGGACGGGAGGGGCUGACUGGGGCAGGAACUGGCCCAUCUCGGGAUGAAACUGGCGGUGGUGGGCCUGGCUUCACCUUCACCUUCCGCAGCCCUGAGGAGGUCUUCCGGGAGUUCUUCGGGGGUGGAGACCCUUUUGCGGAGCUCUUUGAUUUCUCCUCCUCAUCUUUCUCCUUCAGUCCUGGCGCUGGUGCUUUUCGCUCUGUUUCUACAUCCACCACCUUUGUCCAAGGACGCCGCAUCACCACACGCAGAAUCAUGGAGAACGGGCAGGAACGGGUGGAAGUGGAGGAGGACGGGCAGCUGAAGUCAGUCACAAUCAAUGGUGUCCCAGACGACCUGGCGCUGGGCUUGGAGCUGAGCCGUCGUGAGCAGCAGCAGUCGGUCACCUCCAGGUCUGGGGGCACACAGGUCCAGCAGACACCCAUCUCACACCCCUCUGAUGACUUCUCUGAGGAUGACGAGGACCUGCAGCUUGCCAUGGCCUACAGCCUGUCAGAGAUGGAGGCAGCUGGGAAGAAACCAGCAGGUGGGCGGGGGGCACAGCGACGACAGCAGGGGCGGCCCAAGGCCCAGCACCAAAAUCUGGGCGUGGGGGGGACCCGUGAGGGUGCAAGGGGUGAGGGAGCCAAGCCUAGCCCAGCUCAGGAGGAGAAGGCCUCUCGCUGCCUCAUCCUCUGAACACCAGGCCCAACCUGACCUGGUUCCAGUCCUCACUAGGGGUCCGUCUCUCACUGUCAGGGAGCAGAGAGGUGUGUGGCCUGAAUUCAGGAGUCCCUCACCAACCCCAUGCUCCCACCACCAGUUUCCCUCCCAGGCCCACCCUCACGCUAGUGUGGACUUGUGUUUCUGUGCUCAGCCCAGGACUGAUAGGUCCCUGGGUGAAGCCCAGGUGGGGGCCUCAGGGCAGGGAAGGGCCUGAGAGCCAGGACGCAUUUACUGGAUGGGGAGCUUCUGAGGGGCAUUCGUGUUUCGGUUGGGCAUCUGGUGACCAGGUCCCCAGCUGCCUGUGCUGCUGACAGAGGUUGAGGAAGGAGGACUUGGCCUGGUUUCUCUGAGCCCGAGACGGCAGCUAUGCCGGGCAGCAGUGCUGGCUGAGGGGAGUCUCCUGCUCUCCUUGUCCAGUUCCCCACCUUGGUCUCUGUGCAGUGCUGAGCUCUGACUGUUUCUGUUGCUUCCCUUCUGGUGCUGCUGUUGCUUCUCACUCUUCUUCCAACUCCCUGCCAGCUACAUCGCUUGCUUUCACUGCCUUCUGGCUAGGACUCCCUCCUCCUUUCUUCCUCAAGAAGGCCUCAGGGUGGCGAGGAAGAUGCUGGGGCCGGUAGGGCCGUAAGUUCUUCCGGGGAGGCUAGCUUGAUGGGGCAGGAGCCUCUUGGCCAUAUAGAUUUGGAACCGGAGUCCACUCCUCCUCCCUGCCUGUCGCUACCUCCACCUCCCCCCAGCCCUGGGACUAGGCAGAAGUGAGGCUGGCUGACCUGGGAGAGGUGGGAUAGGGCCAAGGUGACCCAGGAGGGGGGCCUAGGAGGGGAUUAUUAACCCAUACAACUCCCCCUCCCAGGGUGCAGGGAGAGGCCACAGGGCUAGCCCAGGCCUGCAUGCUCAACUCUACCUCCACAGCUUUCCGCUGACCCACUCUCCUGUCACCCGUCCCCCGCUCUCUCCUCAGAUGUGUUCUGAGCUGGAUGUCCGGGAUCCAGAGUCGCUGCACAGUUCCAACGGGACAGCGCCCAACCCUGUGCGCUGGGAGGGGACCCUCAUUCCUCUCCUUCACCCGCCCCAGAGUGUAGAGCCGGGGCCUGGGUGGUGGGCGGGGCCGGGUGGGAGGCGGUGCGUCAGUAGUCUUAGCCUGUAAACUCUUCAUUAGGUGUUUGGUGCUGUCUCUUGGGGACUACAUGUCCCAGAAUGCAACGCACCCUGCCUUAUUUCUGAAUCUGAUAGUCCACGCUUGCGGGCGGCGGUGCGUGUUGUGGAGCUGUGCAUCUUGGGACAUGUAGUUCCGGCCCAGUUCGGCCCUUCAUUGGCUGUGGGAGUGAGAUGGGCAAAUCUUGUCAGGUGAUUUGUCCCUGGAGGAGGUGGUGAGAAUGUGGAUUAAGGGGUAAUGGGUCGAGUCUUGGUUCCCCUGACACUUCUUACUAGCGCCGAGGUUAGAGUGUACAAGUCAAAGCCGAAGCAUCUCCCGUGGGCAGUCGAAGUUCUGAGGAACAGGCUGGCCCCGGCAGGACCAACGGGGCAGGGCGUGGCCCAGAAGGCGUUGGGCCGGGGCUGGCAGAGCUGCCCUGGGUGUCCGCCCCCGCGGAGGGUGUACGUAAGGCGGGGGUGGCCGUGUGAUGGGGAGCUCCGGGCAUGUUGCUGCUUGUAUGCCUUUCUCUGGCCUCUGACCCUGCCGCGCAUUCUUUCUCUCCAACACUGCAGACGAGCCG